UGUCAAAGAUUGUCAUCUCCAAUCUACAUAUAUUUUAUAUACCUUUCAGUAUCAUAUACGUAUAUAUCUAUAUAAUACAUACAGAUUCUUUUUGAUAGCUAAUAUAUACAUAUAUUCAAUUAAAUAACUUAUAAAAUAUGGUGUGUAAAUCAGAGACAUCAAACAGGAAAUUGAAAUCUAAGGAGAAGCAACGGAAAGGAUUAUGGUCACCGGAAGAAGACGAGAAGCUUAGGAGUUAUGUGCUCAAAUAUGGCCAUGUAUGCUGGAGCACUAUUCCUAUUCAAGCUGGAUUGAAGCGGAAUGGGAAGAGUUGUAGACUAAGGUGGGUUAAUUAUUUAAGACCUGGACUUAAGAAGAGUGCGUUCACUAAAGAAGAAGAAACCACACUUCUCUCACUCCAUUCUAUAUUGGGUAACAAAUGGGCUCAUAUAUCAAAAUAUUUACCUGGAAGAACCGACAACGAGAUAAAAAACUAUUGGCAUUCUUAUCUGAAGAAGAGUGUACCAUCCACAAAACAUGAAAGCACAAGAACUCCUCAAACACAUUCAAUCACAAAUUCAGUUGAGACCUUGGAAAGUACAACCGGGAGGUCUUCUUCCUUCAUCAAUGUCGGUGAAUCAUUUAGUGCAAAACUAUCUAACUUUUCGCCAAGUGUCGUGUUCUCCGAAUGGUUAGAUCACAGUUUGGUCAUGGAUCAACUACCUCAAACACAUAGUUAUGUUCAAGACCAUAUUGUACCGGAAGAGAGAGGACUGGCUGGAACAUUUGGCCAGCGUCUUUACGAAAACAGCAACUCUAUGGUUGACUACAUACCAAACUCGGAUUUUUUACUGGGGGAUGAGAUUGAGUUCUGUACUUCAUUUUCAGACAGCUUUUUGGUCGACGCUCUCGCAAGUGAACAACGGUCGAUGUAAAUGUGAAGAUGUCCGAGGUGCGAAGAGUCGAGUGUUUAAGUUACGGGCGUAAUAGCGAAUAAAAGAGUACAUAGUUACUG